GGCUCUUUAUCUUCCUCCGCAGCCCGGCUGGCGGCGUUGCGGACCCGCGUAGGGACAUCGUUCCGCAGCGACCCCCCCGCGGCUGACCUACCGCCCGGACCGCCGCAGCUGCCCUCGAGCCGCAGGCAGCUCGAUGGUGGGAGAAGAAAAGAUGUCACUAAGAAACCGACUGCUAAAAUCUGGUGAAAAUCCUGAGCAAGAUGAAGCCCAGAGAAAUCUCUUGGAAACCCAGAGAAAUGGUCACAUUACCAUGAAACAGUUAAUAGCCAAGAAGAGACAGUUGGCAGCAGAGGCGGAGGAACUGAAGCCACUGUUUCUGAAGGAAGUUGGUUGUCACUUUGAUGAUUUUGUGACCAAUCUUAUUGAAAAGUCUGCAUCUCUGGACAAUGGUGGGUGUGCUCUUACAACCUUCUCCAUUCUUGAAGAAAUGAAAAACAACCACAGAGCCAAAGAUCUGAGAGCACCUCCAGAACAAGGGAAGAUCUUUAUUGCAAGGCGGUCUCUGUUAGAUGAACUGUUUGAAGUGGACCACAUCAGAACAAUUUACCACAUGUUCAUUGCGCUCCUCAUCCUCUUCAUCCUCAGCACGCUCGUGGUAGAUUACAUUGAUGAAGGAAGGCUGGUACUUGAGUUCAAUCUCCUGGCCUAUGCUUUUGGCAAACUGCCUACUGUUAUUUGGACAUGGUGGUCCAUGUUCCUGUCUACACUCUCAAUCCCCUAUUUCCUGUUCCAACAUUGGGCCCAUGGCUACAGCAAGAGUUCUCAUCCACUGAUCUAUUCCCUUGUCCACGGCUUUUUCUUCUUAGUCUUUCAGCUUGGAAUCCUAGGUUUUAUCCCAACAUAUGUUGUGCUAGCGUAUACACUGCCUCCAGCCUCCCGGUUCAUUGUUAUACUUGAGCAGAUCCGUUUGGUAAUGAAGGCCCACUCAUUUGUCCGAGAGAAUGUGCCGAGAGUACUCAAUGCAGCCAAGGAGAAAUCAAGCACAGUUCCAGUACCCACAGUCAACCAGUACCUGUACUUCCUGUUUGCUCCUACACUCAUUUACCGUGACAGCUAUCCGAGGACUCCUACUGUAAGAUGGGGUUACGUUGCUAUGCAGUUUUUACAGGUUUUUGGCUGCCUGUUUUAUGUAUACUACAUCUUUGAGAGACUCUGCGCCCCAUUGUUCCGGAAUAUUAAGCAGGAACCCUUCAGUGCUCGUGUUCUGGUCCUGUGUGUAUUUAACUCCAUCUUGCCAGGGGUGCUGAUGCUGUUCCUUACGUUUUUUGCCUUUUUGCACUGCUGGCUCAAUGCCUUUGCUGAGAUGUUACGCUUUGGUGACAGGAUGUUUUAUAAGGACUGGUGGAACUCUACGUCAUACUCCAACUACUACAGGACCUGGAAUGUGGUGGUCCACGACUGGCUCUACUACUAUGCAUACAAGGACCUCCUCUGGUUUUUCUCGAAGAGGUUCAAGUCUGCCGCCAUGUUGGCUGUCUUUGCCUUGUCCGCGGUCGUGCAUGAAUAUGCCCUCGCUGUCUGCUUGAGCUAUUUCUACCCAGUGCUCUUUGUCCUCUUCAUGUUCUUUGGAAUGGCUUUUAACUUCAUUGUCAACGACAGCCGGAAAAGGCCAAUCUGGAACAUUAUGGUAUGGGCUUCUCUUUUCCUGGGCCAUGGAGUCAUUCUGUGCUUUUAUUCUCAAGAAUGGUAUGCCCGCCAGCACUGUCCUCUGAAGAAUCCCACAUUUCUGGAUUAUGUCCGGCCGCGUUCCUGGACUUGUCGGUACGUGUUUUAGAAGCCUGGACUCUGCUCCUUUCUUGCCAACGAGGAAUGGAUGUUCUUCCUGAUUCCGAGCCAGUCGUCUUCAGCAGUCACUGAGUAUUUCUAUGCCACGUUGUUUGGACCGCUCCAGCCUUUCCCGAUGACCACCUAAAGCUGGCCUUGAGUCACUUCAUGGUUUUUUUGGUUUGUUUCCUUUUAGGGAGAAGGAAGACCAAUGGCUGAGUUCAUGACAAGUUUUUGCGGGGUUAUCUCAGCUCAAGUUUUGGUGGUUUUAUCUGUUUAUUUCCUUGAUUCUGUUCAACCAGAGACUAAACACAUCUUGGCCAUGAAUUAGCCAAAAACACUUAGGAAGAAAUCAUUUCAGUGCCUCUGGCUUUGAAGUUUUUUAUCAUGCACACUGUUAGGAGGUCAGCUAGUUAACUGUGCAGUUGGGAGAAACAAAUGUUAUUUCUGGUAGACAGAAAGAAAAUAUCUGUUUCCCAAAGAUAGUCUUGAUAUGCUUUCUGCUCACAUCUUUUGUUGCUAUUCGGCUUUGCUUUGUCUCCGAGCUGGGAGUAGAACCAGGGCCUUGCCCAGGGCAGCACACUGAGCCACACCCCAGCCCCCAUGUUGUAUUUUUCUGAAAGUUCUGGUCUACUCUUUUUUUUUUUUUUUUCCUGUAUAAGCUGUGAUUUUGUUUUUGAAAAAAUUAGCAGUCUUUCACCUUAGACUCAAUGCUAAUACAAAUUUAAGGGUCCAAAGUAUGAAGGGAAAAAUAUAUUUCCUUUCAAAACUUGAGAAGUCAUUUUAAAACAGAUUCACUGAGCUGGCUAUGUGUUUUAUUUAUGCUUUCAGAAGUUCUGUAGAAGAUUUUAUUGAUGUUGGUUUUUUUUUUUUGUUUUGUUUUGUUUUUUUUCUUUUUAGAGGCAAGGUCUUGCAAUAUAACCCAGGUUAGUCUUGAACUUGUUAUGUAGCCCAGGCUGGUCUUGAACUUGCUCUGUAGCCUAGCUGACCUUGAACCCCUGACCUCCUGCUCCUGUCUCCCAAGUGCUAGGAUUGAAGAAGAUACCACCACGCCUGGUUAAGAUUUUUUCUUUAACUUUUAAGUUGUUUAGAAGUAUUCUUUUGGUACAGUUGCUUAUUGUCUAAUAAUUAGGAACUUUCCUUGUUAUAUAGACUAGUGAGUCCAUAAUGGAAGUAUUAACUUCUCUAUUAAUACUAAAUGUCUACUAAGGAUCCAGAAGCUGGCUUCUGAAGCAUCUGUCCCAUCAUUAUACUUUAACAGUAUAUUUUUAGAUGAAAUAAAUUACUGUAUGAUCAUUUGUAAGGACAUGUACUCGUCAUGUGACAUUUCCAAGUUCUGCAGUGCCCGUUCCUGGUGUGGCGGAAGGACCUGCUGUGCUUGUGUGCAUGGGUAUUGUGUGUGAAGACUGCACCUUGGAAGGGGUGUCACAGAACUGCAGUUCAACCUCCUGCCCCAAGAAAUGAGCCUUACAAGGUGCUGGCACAUGGUUGUUCCGUGGCACAGCCAUUUGAGUCUUUGCUGGUAUCCUGGCAACUCGCUAUACAGUUUUGUGAAGUGUUUUCAGAGUGGUUUUAAAAAUCAUUUUGCGUCUCACAAGAAGAUAUUGAAGAGUUCCUUAUUGAUCACUCUUGAUUUGGGCCAUAUGUAUGUCUCCUGCUUCUGCACCUGCCGUAUUCACCGUAUCUCUAGAUACACCGAGGCUGGCUCUGAAUUCAGCUCCACCUUCAGCAGACUCAGUUCCUUUCUGUUCCCAAACGAGUGGUCAGUACUGUCCCAGAGUCAUUAGCUCCUGAACAACACGCUGUGAGUGGAGCCUACUAAGUUCUGGCCUGUGUCUUAAAGAGUGAAGUGAGCCAGUCACUUUCUCAAUUUUUUUAAAUUUUGUUUUGUUUUGUGUUUUGAGACAGGGUUUUUCUGUGUAACAACUCUUGCUGUCCUGGAACUCACUCUGUAGACCAGGCUGGAUUUGAACUCGCAGAGAUCCACCGGCUUCUGUCUCCCAAGUACUGGAAUUAAAGACGUGCACCACUACCUACUGGCUAAACUAAGUCUCUUCUAUGUGUAAUUGCAUUUUGAAUGUAAUGAGAGAACAGAGUGGUCUGAAACUUGCUCAUAAGCCAGUCUUUGGCAGCAAGGGGAUGGGAUUUCAGGGUGCCCCAUUAUGGGAAGUGCUGUGUGUGCUGUGUGUGCAUUUUCAGAAAAGGGUGUUAGUCUGUAGCAGUUUUGAAUUUUGAAAUUGUUGGACCAGUCAAGGCUGCUCUUCCCCCUCACCCACUCUUUUUGAGACAAGUUCUUUUUCUGCAGCCCAAGCUGUGACGGACCUCACAUGCCCCUGCCUCAGCCUCCUCAGGUGCUGGAGUUUACAAGCGUGCGCUGCCACACCCAACAAGGCCUUUCCUUAGGGAUGCAUUUCCUCCCAAGAUUUUAGGUGAUCGGCAUGUGUGUAGGACUGCAAACCACUUAGAAUUGUAAACUUCAAAAGUCCAGACCCCUUGAGGAGGUGGAUACUCUGUGAAGGAAGACUGGCUUGGCAGCCAUGUGACCACAUUGCUGGUUGCCUUAGCAGGACCUUCGUCUUCAAAUUACUGUCUGAACCCUUUAAAAAGAAAAUAAAACCCAGACUUCUUGCUAA